UCUUGGACUUAACAGCUUGCACACAACAAAGAUUCAGUCAAACUUAUGGCGUGAAGGGCCCGUACUUGGCCUUCGUCAUUCACAGCUAAUGGAUGUCUUUACCCAGUAUGCCUACAAUGACAGUUUCUAUGACAAUGGAACAUGGGGCUUCAACGAAACCGGUGGAGAGCACAAGCACCCGUACAACUACUACGCCAUGCUGCUCACGCUGCUCAUCUUCGUCAUCGUCUUCGGCAACGUGCUGGUGUGCAUCGCUGUGUCCAGAGAGAAGGCUCUGCAGACCACCACCAACUACCUGAUUGUCAGCCUGGCUGUGGCAGACCUUCUGGUGGCCACGCUGGUCAUGCCCUGGGUCGUCUACUUGGAGGUAGUGGGAGAGUGGCGCUUUAGCAAGAUCCACUGUGACAUCUUUGUCACUCUAGAUGUGAUGAUGUGUACAGCCAGCAUCCUCAAUCUCUGUGCCAUCAGCAUUGAUCGGUACACAGCGGUUGCAAUGCCAAUGCUGUACAACACUCGCUACAGUUCCAGGCGACGGGUCACAGUAAUGAUCUCCGUGGUGUGGGUACUGUCUUUUGCCAUAUCGUGUCCCCUGUUGUUCGGCCUGAAUAACACAGCUACUCGUGAUGAGUCGCUCUGUGUGAUCGCCAAUCCGGCUUUUGUGGUGUACUCCUCCAUUGUGUCCUUCUACGUUCCCUUCAUCAUCACUCUGCUGGUUUAUGUGCAAAUUUAUGUGGUCCUGAGGAAGCGCAGGAAACGCGUAAACACAAAACCAAAGCAGCAAAGCUGUCAGGCCGUCGACCCUGAUGCAGCCACAUCGCUGAAGGAUAAGUGCACUCAUCCAGAGGAUGUGAGGUUGUGCACCAUGAUUGUUAAGACUAAUGGGAGUUGUCCUGUCAACAAGAAGAAAGUGGUGCACGUGGUCAAUGAGGGGGAAGAUCUGGAAUUGGACGAGCUGAACAACAGCGGCAGCAGCAGCCAGAGGCAGAAGCAGCAGUCGCAGUGCGCUCUUGGAGACAUUCCGGCCACGAGCCACCAGCAACUGAUGCCCAGCAAGGCCAACAAUAGCCCCACGUCCACACCUCCCACACCCCCCGAGGAGGCCCAGAAGGCAGAGAAGAACGGAGACCCUACCAAGGAGGCUCUGAGGGGUCCGGCACCGGUUGUGGCCAAAGCCUUUCAGACGCAGGCCUUACCUAAUGGCAAAACUCAGACCUCUGUCAAAACUAUGAACAUGAACAAGAGAAAGAUCUCACAGCAGAAGGAGAAGAAGGCCACUCAAAUGUUAGCCAUUGUUCUUGGUGUCUUCAUCAUAUGCUGGCUGCCGUUCUUCAUCACACACAUCUUGAACACCCACUGCACGAAAUGCAAAGUUCCCGCUGAGGUGUACAACGCUUUCACUUGGCUGGGCUACGUGAACAGCGCUGUGAACCCCAUCAUAUACACCACCUUCAACGUCGAGUUCAGAAAGGCGUUCAUUAAGAUCCUGCACUGCUAA